UGCCUAUCUUUCACAAGAACUACAUACUUUUUUGUGUCUUUCAUUUCAUUUUUCUCAACAACAACCAAAAAACUCUUCAAAGAAUUUUUAAGUUAUCAUGAACCCCUCAGCUCCACCAGCUUACGGCGAAAAACCGAUGACCGGCAUCCCUGUGCCGGGACAGUUUCAACCUAAUCAUCCCGGAACUUGGUCUACUGGACUCUGUGAUUGUUUCUCCGAUGUCCCAAAUUGUUGCUUAACUUGCUGGUGUCCAUGUAUUACAUUUGGACAGAUUGCAGAGAUCGUCGACAAGGGAACAACUUCUUGUGGUUUAAGUGGAGGUCUGUAUUUGUUAAUUGAAUUAUUAACAGGAUGUGGAUGUAUUUAUUCAUGUUUCUAUCGUACAAAAAUGAGGAAACAAUACAUGUUACCAGAAAGCCCUUGUGGGGACUGUUGUCUUCAUUUUUGCUGUGAAUGUUGUGCUUUGUGCCAAGAACAUCGUGAACUCAAACAUCGUGGAUAUGACAUGUCUAUUGGUUGGCAAGAAAAUAUGAAUAACCAAAAUAGAGGGAUAGCAAUGGCUCCAGGAGUUCAAGGAGGAAUGACUCGAUAAAUAUUGGAUUAUAUUAAUAAACUUUGAAUUUGUUUAGUGUGAUAUAUAUAUUUGUUGCUCUUUUUUUGUUAUUAAAAGUGAAAUAAUGGUUUGUUAAUCAAUGGAUGGUUCUUGUUUUUUGCAAGAUAAUGUAAUGUUGGUUGUUGAUUUGAUUUAAUGUAUAUGAUAUUUAUAAUUUAUUUA